CAUACCAUAACAAAGAUGGCGGACGAAAACGUUUUCGUGUUCCCUGAGAUCAUUCUUUUGAAGAUAUUUAACAAUUUGUCUUUGAAAGAAUUAGUAGGAGCCCGACUUGUAUGCAAGCGUUGGAAUAACCUKGUAAGGUCAGAAAGUCUUUGGGAGAAGUUUAUUCCGAAAUGGCCCUGCUUCGUUCGUCCGAAGAGGAGUGCAUUUCGAACUGUUAAAUCAAUGUGGAAGUCAAGCAUCGAUAUUGGAGACGAAAAAUGGUAUCCCAAUCCUCUACCAGAGAUUACAAGCUACGAAAKCCGAUUAUUUAAAGCAUUUCUUCACCAGCGAAUAAGUCUUGCGCCAAUCGGAAACCGCGUCCUAAGUACAARAACAAGGAUGUAUUUCAGACUGAAUCCUUGCUACGACUUCACAAACGAUUUUUACUCCAGGCAAGGUGAUAUGAAUGAGGUUGGUAGAUACCUUUGGGAACAAUUCAGAGAUAAAGUGUAUGGAAAGUGCGCUUGUUGUGCCAUGUUUUCCCACUCGGAAAAUAUUAGUCGUAAAAACAUUUUGGAAACCAUCUUGCAAGACUUAGAGCCUGGUUGGUUCUUAGAGGGACUUGGUUUAGAGCACCGUCAACUMGAUAUGGACGGCAAUAUCGUUAAUUCCUCACCUGAUGAAGACGAUACAGAAAUACCAGAAGAUGAUCUUGGCGAYUUUURUUUUUCAGCUGAAAAUUCGAGCAUKUUUGGCUCAUACGAUAACCCCAGAGCCUGGACUAACAAAGUGAAUCAACGACUUCCGGUUCAUCUAUAUAAACAAUUGAGGGCUCUGUUCGUAGACAACAGUGCUCAUUAUUUCUUUAACGAUGGAUGUGCAGAUAGAAAUUAUAACUAUGAUUUGUCCUUAAUGAUUAGUGAUACUGUUGUCUUUUUUARGAAUAUUUCGUACGAUGCAUGAUUUCAGUCAUUUGUCUGCCAUUCUGGGCUCAUUAAUAAUAUURAUAUUCAUUAAUAAAAACUCAUAUAUUAAACUACACUUUAUGACGAAAUAAAAGUAAAGAUAUGAAAUAAAUAAAUAAUUUGAA